AUGGCCCGUAAAGGAUUCAAAUCUCUUGUGGUCGCUGUCAGUGGAACAUUUCCUGGGUACAAGCAAGGCGAUUUGAGAGUCCUAAUCGAGGAACAUGGGGCUCUAUUCACCCCAACUGUCACAGCCGAGUGCACCCACUUGGUGACAACUCAGAAGGAUGCAGACAAAAAUAGUGUUAAGUACCAACAAGCGUGCAAUCUAGACAAAUGUCACGUUGUCACUCUCGACUGGUUGCUCGACUCGACUCGAGCAAAGAAAUUGCUUUCAGAGGUUUCUUAUGUCAUUGCUGCAGCCCAAAAGAACUCAGGUGCGAAUAGCACCCAGGUUGAUUCAGGAGUCACCGAAAAGCCUGAGGCAAAGAAACGUAGCCUGGAACAAACCAACGGGGAUGUGGGCGAUGCCAGCAAGAAGCAGAAAGAUUCCCAAAAGGCUAGCUCAAAGUCUUUGAAUGUUCCCAUUGACGAAGAGUUCUCGCCGGAGUCCUCUAAUUUUCAUUUCCCCACGGUGCACAUCGAUGACGCCGGGUUGAUUUGGGAUGCCACACUCAACCAGACAGUGGCUGCCGCCAACAGCAACAAAUUCUACCGUAUCCAGCUGCUGGUCGGCCAAAGUAGAACGGAAUAUAUAACCUGGACUCGCUGGGGACGGGUCGGCGAACGAGGUCAGACCGCGCGUCUAGGUGAUGGCACACUGCAGCAAGCAAUCAAGGAGUUCGAACACAAGUUCAGGGAAAAGACAGGACUGAAAUGGGCUGACCGACUCAACACCCCCAAGAACAAGAAGUACAUGUUUCUUGAGCGCAACUACGAGGACGAUGAGGAAGAGGAGCCACCCACCAAGGACAUGGUCAAGAGCGACAAGCCGAAGGUCGAAAGUGUGUUACCGGAAGCUCUGCAGAACUUGAUGUCGUUUAUAUUCAACCCGGACCAUUUCCUCUCGGUCAUGGCGUCGAUGUCUUAUGAUGCCCAGAAACUGCCUCUGGGAAAACUGAGUGAUAGGACGCUCAAGACAGGUUUCUCGAUUCUCAAGGAAUUGGCAGACCUGAUUGCCACCCCUGCACUUGCUGCUUCUAAAUAUGAUGCGGGUUAUGUUCCCAACAUUGAGAGCCUGAGCAACCGUUACUUUACCACUAUCCCUCAUGUUUUUGGUCGAAAUCGGCCCCCUGUUCUCAGCACCGAUGCCCAGAUCAAGACAGAGAUUGAACUGUUGGAGGCGUUGACGGACAUGGACGUGGCAAAUGAAAUCAUGAAAGACUCCAAGGAAGCAGAUGAGACUCACGAGCUGGACCGCCAGUUCCAGAGCCUCGGCAUGGAAGAGAUGACUCCGCUGGAUUGCAACUCUACUGAGUUCCAUGAGCUCGAGCGGUACUUGAACAAUUCACGCGGCGCAACACACAGCCUUCGCUACAAGGUAGAUGGUGCUCCGCCGAACCCCCAAAUAGUCGGUAUAUUGACAAAUUUGCAGGUCAUCAACAUCUUCCGCAUCGAGCGCAAAGGCGAGAACGACCGCUUCGCAUCCUCCCCCUACGCAAACCUCCAGAACAGCGACCGCCGACUCCUCUGGCACGGGUCCCGCAGCACGAACUUCGGCGGCAUCCUAAGCCAAGGCCUGCGCAUUGCGCCACCCGAAGCCCCCGUCAACGGGUACAUGUUCGGCAAAGGUGUCUACCUCGCCGACACAUCGAGCAAAUCCGCAAACUACUGCUGUCCAUACAACAGCGCCAACAUGGGCCUGCUUCUUCUCUGCGACGCCGAGUUGGGAGAUCCCAUGCUGGAGCUCUAUAAUGGCGACUUCAUGGCCGGUGAGAAUGCACACGCCGCUGGUAAGGUUGCGACGUUAGGCCAAGGCCGCGCCAUACCUGGUGGCUGGAAGGAUGCGGCCUGUCUAAACCCAGCGCUUCAAGGAGUUAAAAUGCCCGAUGUGGCGGCUUCGCUGGGGAAUGAUGAGAAGGCGUGGCUGCAGUACAAUGAGUACAUCGUGUAUGAUGUGGCGCAGAUUCGGCAGAGAUAUCUGUUUCAUGUUCACAUGCGUUGA